AUAAACGACCCCGAGUCUCAGACCUCAGCCCCAAAGGCCGCCGAAACCAGCUUCCUCAACCAUUUGCCCAGCAGUUUUAGUCGAAAACGUCGCUUCCUCGACUCGUUGUCUGGCUCCCUCCCCUCGGACGCCCUCUUCUCGGCAUCACUGAUCUCGCCCUCCUCCACUUCGUCAGCCUCGCCCGUCAAGCGUGACUUCAGCAUUACAAGUCUUCUGGGAGAGGAGACAACUAAUGAGCUGGUCAGUAGCGGCUAG